AUGGUCGGAGAGGCGGGAGGCGCCGGGGACCGCGGGAGCGCCGCAGCAGCGUGCGGGGCGGCCGCGGAGCCGCAGCGCUGCGGCGGGGGCCGGCGGGGAGCCUUGCGCCGCCGGGGAUGCGCGACCCUGCGCGGUCAUUCUGGUUCUUGCGGGGCUCGGCGGUGCGCGGAGGGGAGCGGGGCGCCCCGGCCGCCCCCGCGCAGCCCGGCGAGGGGGGGCACGGCGUGCCGGCGUUGCCUGGAGACAGCCGGGCCCGCCAGCGAGCGGCCCCCAUGUCCCCCCCGGCGUGGGGAGGGGGUCCCCCUGCAGCCGCACCGAGCCGCGGGGUCACCUCGCCUCCCCGAGUUAAAAAUAGCGCUUGCAAGGUGUCCCCGCCAUGUGCCAAUAAUUAAUAAUGCGCGUUCCCCGCCCCGAGAGGGCUUUGGGUGGUCUCCUGCCCCCGGUGGCUGCAGGCUGGUCGCACCCCAGGCACCGGGGAGGACGGGAUCCCAUGCUAGAGGGGGGACCCCCGGCGGGAGCUGGGGGAGCCAGCCGGUGGCUCUGGGCCGUGCCGGAGAGAGCCGCCGGCUCAGAGACACCCGCAGAAGCCCCCCGGGAUGGGAAGGGGCAGGGGGGCUGCCCGGGGAGUCGGUGCUGGUGGAAAUAGCGCUGCCGCAGUGGCGAACACAUGGCUGCGGAGCGCUGCCCGCAGCGCGGCUCCUCCGCCCGGCCGCGUUCCGGCCUCGCCGGGGGCAGCGGAGGGGCCGGGGGCGCGGGGCUCUGGGGGUCCCCACGGCCCCGCUCCGGAGGGGCUCGGUGGGCCCUGGCGCGGCGGCAUCUUCCCCACCGGCUCCUUCAGGACCUCAUAAACUUCUCCGGGUUAUCUCGUCGCGAUACGCCGUCCCUUAACACGAUAAUCUCGAGAGCGUGAACCGUGUGUCGUUUAUUUCUCUUCCUUAUCUCCAUAGUAAUGUGCUUUGUUGUGACCAAGUCCUUCCUGCUGACCUGCUGUUUGCCCAUCUUUCUGAUGGGCAUGAGGUACUACUUCAGUAGAAAAGUUAUCCUGCACUAUCUCGA